CUAAUUUGAACGGGAGAGAAGUCUGUUUCCAUCUCACAAUGAUUUCGUUCGUGUUUCUUAGCAUUCUUGUGGCUGUCACAGCCACUGUCCAUGACCCCAUGAUCAAUGAAGGCCUAUUUGAAGGCGAUAUUCUCGGAGUUGAUCCUUAUGACAGAAAUGCUAUUCCUAAUGAUAACCAACGAUGGCCUGGGGGAGUUGUUCCUUACGUUAUUAUGUCAGAUGUCGAACAUUUGAGAACUUCCAUUCAAUCGGCCAUGCGACAUAUCGAACAAAAUUCAUGUGUACGUUUCGUUCAAAGAUCAAACCAGCAAGAUUACAUAAAAAUCUUUUCUCACACUGGGUGCUACUCUCAUUGGGGUCGCAUUGGCGGCGAACAACUUCUGUCUCUAGCUGGCGGUUGUGAGCCAUUUGGCACCAUUGUGCACGAGCUUCUCCACGCCAUUGGCUUUGAACAUGAGCACAACAGAUCUGAUCGAGAUGAUUACCUCACCGUAAACUGGCAGAACAUAGAAGAGAAAUGGUUCUACGCGUUCAGGAAACUUGCACCCAAUGAAAACAGACUUCUCACCGGGUUCGACUUCAGUUCCAUCAUGCUCUACGGCAGCAAUUCCUUCGCCAAGCAAUGGGGGAAGUACAGCAUGGUGGGUAAAGACGGAAGGGUUUUGCAAGAGGUUUACGACAAGAAAGCCAUGUCACAGUCCGAUGCUGACAGGAUCAGGAAACUGUACCAGUGCUAGACUAACUACAUGGAAUUUCAAAGAAAAAAAGAAAUGAAGAAGGAAUGAUAAUAUUUUCUUGAGUGCCCCAUACAAAACUGAUAGAAUUACGAACAGUAUUUAUAGCUCUAGUCCUAAAAUCACUUAUCAAUUGUCAUGGCUGUUUUACAUCUGUUUAGUGCCAAUAACUAGAAACUUCUAGUUGCAUUAAAACCCUUAAUAAAACCGAAACUGCGA